AGGUACAUUAAUGAAGGGGAAGCGUGUAACGGAACUGAAACGGACAAUAGAACUGCGGCGUGCAAUGUAGAAUCCUGUCCGGUCGAGUGUGUUUGGGGUGAAUGGUCUAAAAUCUCAACUGCACCAUGUUCAGUAACGUGUGGAGGUGGUACACAACUUGAGACCUGGGAACGGAGGUACACGAAUGAAGGGGAAGCGUGUAACGGAACUGAAACGGACAAUAGAACUGCGGCGUGCAAUGUAGAAUCCUGUCCAGUCGAGUGUGUUUGGGGUGAAUGGUCUAAAAUCUCAACUGCACCAUGUUCAGUUACGUGUGGAGGUGGUACACAACUUGAGACCUGGGAACGGAGGUACAUUAAUGAAGGGGAAGCGUGUAACGGAACUGAAGAGGA